AUGAUUGCAUUUAGGGGUCAAAUUAGGACGGGCCGGGCUCCAGGGGCUUACGGCUCGGCCUACGUCAGAGGAGAUGAUUGUGGUGGCAUGACAAUUUCAGAUAAUAUCACUGUGGCACAGUAUGGCAAAGCAAAUUUCACAACGAUUCAAGCUGCCAUUGAUACAAUACCAGUCAACAAUAACAGAUGGGUGAAAAUUUAUAUAAGUGCUGGCAUGUACAGGGAGAAGGUUAAUAUUCCCUAUAAUAAACCAUGCAUCAUCUUGGAAGGCCAAGGCAGAGACGUCACCAUCAUUACAUACAAUGGCCAUCUAGAAACAGAUACCAGUGCCACGUUCACUUCUUCUCCAAGCAAUGUUGUUGCAAAGGAAAUUACUUUUGAGAAUUCGUACAAUAUGGCCGCAAUUUUGCAUUUGCACUAUAAAAAAAUUGAAAACUAUGCCAUGCCAGCCUUAGCGGCAAGGGUAUAUGGAGACAAAUCGGCCUUUUACAAUUGUAGUUUCGUUGGUUAUCAAGAUACAUUAUGGGACGUAGAAGGUCGUCAUUACUUCAAAAACUGCACUAUUAUUGGUGCUGUAGACUUCAUAUUUGGCGCGGGUCAAUCCAUUUACGAGGAUUGUCUAAUUGUGGCGACUUCCGCGGGUUUCAUAACGGCCCAAGGACGCAAUUCACUGAAUGACACGAGUGGUUUUAUAUUUCGACGGGGUACUGUGUUUGGUUGGGAAAAAACGUUCUUAGGAAGAGCUUGGGGUCCUUAUUCCAGAGUUAUAUUUUAUGAAACAAACUUAACUUCCGCGGUUGCUCCUCUAGGAUGGUAUUCUUGGACUUAUGCACAACAUGAGGACAAAUUUACCUAUGCUGAGAUUGACUGUAAAGGGUUAUCUGCUAAUACUACACAUCGCGCCCAGUGGAUGAACAAGACGAUCCCAGUCAAUGCUUCACAAAUGAUGAGUCAAUUUUCGAUAUCAGCAUUCAUUGAUCAAGAUGGAUGGCUUGGAAAAUUACCGAUGUGA